AUGGAAAGUAUAGGAGGGGGGGUCUACCUGGGCGGGGCUAAUCGAGAGCAACAGGUCACUCUGAUCAAUACGGAUGCUGAGCUGGCUCAUGCGCGCAACAUCUCGGCAGCCAUGCGCCGUGUGCUGCUGCUAGCGCUGUCAUUUUUCACUCAAGGCGAGAGUGAUCUGCUCCGAGACAGCGUGCAUGUAACAUCGGCAGCAGCAAGACCCAACAAUGAGCUUUGGUGUUACAAAUGCCACGCAGAUGUCCCAGAUGACAAGUGCGCCGAUUUACGCCAUAACAACUCGGCUCUUAUACACAAGUGCAAUAAUGAUAGGCGAGUGUGUAUGGUCAAGCGUUUCUCGUAUACAACAUCCACGGAAAACUCGACGACUGCUCUGAAGAUGUGGGCACUUGAACGGAAUUGUACAAAACAUUGUGAACCUGGUUGCAUCGUGAUUGGAGAAAGAACCAAACUAUACGCUUGCACCUCCUGUUGCACCACGUCGCUGUGCAAUUAUGGAUCUUGUGGAAUGACCCACUUCUUACACGGCACUAUCCUGACACUUUCUCUUAUGAACUUGAACAAAUAUAUCAUUAAUAGUUAG